GUAGAUUAUGCUACUACCUAACUUAUGAAAUCUAUAUAGAUAGAAAGCUCCAUAUAUUAUCUAUACCCCACCCCACUUACCUAAACAACCCACUCAACUAGACUUCAUCUUUCACUUCUAGCUUACAAAUUAAAGAAGAGCAAGAAACAUCAUUUCUCCAAGAUUUCCUCCCCUUUCCUUUGUUUAACUUCACCAAUUUUCCUGUCUCUGGACCAAACAAAUUAUGGAAAUGGAGUGUAAAAGAGGUGGACAGAUUCCAGUAUUUGGAGAUUGGGAUAAUGCAAAUGAGAUGCCAAUUACACAGUAUUUCGAGUGCGCAAGACAAGCAGGAUUGAUCCGCCAUAGCUGCCAUUCAUCACUUGAAGAAAAUACUACUGAUCUUUAUGCUCUUCAUUUCCACAAACCUCACUUUUAUGCUAUCCCUAAUGCUCCUCAAAGAAAGACAAAGGCAGCAAUAAAUAAGAAGAGGUGUCCAGAGCAGAAAUGGACAGGUAAAGCAGAGAAAUUAAAGAACGACAGUGGGCCUACAAUGAAGUCCGCAACAGUGGCCCAGCGGCCCACAAAUCCCAAACCUGUGGAUGAAGAUCUCUACAAAAUUCCUCCUCAUCUUCUUCCCGGCUAUAAGCGAAAGAGAAUGUUUGGAUUCUUCUCAAGAUGCCUUGCUCCGCCUUGUAAGGCAUAAGUAUCAUCCCCAAAGGCUAUGGACAUGGAGAUAUUGAUUAUCAUCGUCAACUUCAGUCUUGUGGCGAAGCUAUUUUACUAAAGAUUUAAUUAGUAGCUAAUGAAAUCUUCUUUUUGUAGAACUAAUAGGGGUAGUAUAUGACUGAUUUUUCACAUCAAAUGUCGUUGGAUUGUUUGUUUAUGUCCCUAAAGUGAUACUGACUUAACUAAUUUCACGUUAGCUUUAUAAUGUUUUAUUGAUAUACAUAAAAGCUCUAAACCCUAAACCUUGAUAUAUCAAGGGAACAUUUUAUUUACAUAUUGAUAUAUUGGAUAUUUUGCUCCA